ACAAUCGCCCUCACGGCCCUGGCGGCCCUUCUCGGCGCAGCUCAUGGCCACAUGAUCAUGAACACGCCGACCCCUUACAACCUCAGAGGCACCUCGAAGCUCCUACAGGUCAACCCUCUAGGCGCUGACUUUCCCUUCCCCUGCCAGGGUCUCUUCGACACCGUGUCCGUCACUCCCAUCACCGCCGGCGGCAGCCAGCUGGUCAACUUCACCGGCGGCGCUCAACACGGCGGCGGCUCGUGCCAGUUCAGCCUGACGUACGAGUUCCCGCCACCCACGGACAAGACCAAGUGGAAGACCAUCUACACCCUCAUCGGCGGCUGCCCGGUCUCGGCGCAGGGCAACCUGCCGCCGGCCAGCCCGGACCCGGAGGGCCGCGCCGACUCGCCCCACUGCGGCAACGACUCGGGCACCGAGUGCAUCCGCCAGUUCGAGAUCCCCAUCCCGAAGGAGCUGCCCAACGGCAACGCCACCUUCGCCUGGACCUGGUUCAACAAGAUCGGCAACCGCGAGAUGUACAUGAACUGCGCCCCCGUCACCAUCUCCGGCGGCUCCGGCGACCAGUCCUUCUUCGACGCCCUCCCCGAGAUGUUCGUCGCCAAUGUGCCCGGCGAGUGCACCACCGGCAACGGCGUGCUGAAUAUCCCCAACCCGGGUAACUACGGGCGCCUGCUGGAGCAGCCGACUGAUGGUAGCAACGGCAACUGCGCCAAAGCGGCCGGCAUCCCGACGUUUGAGGGCGGCAGUGGCAGUGGCAGUGGCAGUGGCAGUGGCAGUGGAAGUGGCAGUGGCAGUGGCAGCGGCUCUGGUGCCUCGUCGGCCGUGGCGCCGUCGAGCACGCCGGUGAGUCCUCCCACUAGCGCUGGUGGCUCGGCCCCAACGUCUCUGGUCGUUAUUCCCAUCACCACCAAUGCUCCUAGCCCCACCCCGACCGCUGGCGCCGGCUCGGGCUCUGGCUCGGGCUCCGGCUCGGGCGGAAGUCAGCCCUGCUCUCCCAACGGCGCCCUCAUCUGCUUCAGCCCUACCACUUUCGGCCUCUGCGCCAACGGAUUCGCCAUUCCCCAGCCCGUGGCCCCUGGCACGACCUGCAACAACGGCGUCAUCGUCCGCCGCAGUGCCAAGUUUGUC